AUGUCUCUCAAAGGUCCCGGCGCCCCGCAGAAGCACGAUGGUUCUGGCUUACGGGUUGCGAUUGUCCACGCGCGAUGGAAUACAGCCAUGAUCGAGGCUCUGGUCGCGGGUGCAAAAAAGUCACUACUAGCCUCCGGCGUUAAGGAGGAGAAUAUCAUUCUCGAAUCCGUCCCUGGAUCCUACGAGCUCCCUCUGGCUGUUCAGAGAGUCUACACCGCAUCACAAAUCCAAAGUACAGCAAGCACAGUAGCUGGCGGAGUAGGCAGCCUGGCUUCGGGCAUUGGUGAUCUACUGGGAGGAAGUGCGUCUCAGACAGAUCUUCAGGGAAGCUUGCAGCCAAAAGCCCCCGAGAAAGAGAGCGAGACAAAGCUUAGGCAAGCGUUCGACGCGGUCAUCGCCAUUGGAGUUUUAAUCAAGGGCGAGUCUAUGCAUUUUGAGUACAUCGCGGACGCCGUCAGCCACGGUCUGAUGCGAGUUCAGUUGGACAGCGGUGUUCCUGUCAUCUUUGGUCUGUUAACAAUUCUCAACGAAGAACAAGGACUUGCAAGAGCUGGUCUGCCAGGCGGCACUGGCAAGGAAGCAAAAGGUCAUAACCAUGGUGAAGAUUGGGGCAAUGCUGCUGUCGAGCUAGGAGUCAAGAGAAGAGGUUGGACAGAGGGCAAGAUUGCUGGCACGAUAUAA